GCGGGACGUUCAGAGGAGCAAAUAAAUAAAGAAUUAUCGAGGAACUGCGCAGUUUUAGUUUGUUUAUUUGUACAUACGAUUCGAGUGAAUACUGAAAUCCUAAACGUUGCUAUUUUUUGUUUACAAACAUCUACGAAAUAAGAAAUUGUAUACGGUUUCAUUAAGUGCAUAAGUCUACUGUCAUCAUGGCUAGUGGAUCUCGAGGAAUGUCCAACGAAUUUGACUUCAAGACUCUGUGCGCGACUUUUGCCGAAAUCUGUCCCGACUUUCGGAAUGGCUGUGGAUCGGAGGAGAUGGAGAGCCUGGACUUUGCCAACCGGGUGAUAUUCGAGCUGGGGCCCAAGAUGCGGCAGCUGAAGCAGAGUGGCAGGGACCAGAUGUGGCGCCUCGCCUUCCACGGCGGCGGCAGUGUCUAUAUCUACACGUACACCUUCCAGAAACCAAUCAGCGGACAGCCCCGACUUGGAGGCGGAAAGCUCUACUUGACCCUCAAACAGGCGGGUCUGCUGGCGGUGAAGAAGUUGUGCGAUUUGCUGCCAGUGUAUCACGAUCCGCGAGAUAAAAUACUGCUGACUCCGCUCGCCAGAGUCGUGUUCGAUCCGUCGAAUAUCCAGCGGAUUGCCAGCGGACUGUGCACUCUGCUGGGAUGUCGAGUGGAUUGCAGCGAGGUGCUGCGCGCCGUGAUCAGCAGCUGCCAGAGCGAUGGCCACCACUUGGAGCACAGCCAGAGCCACGUCGCCCUGGUGGCCGUGGGUGCCACAACUCGGGAUGCCGCGGAACGCAAGAAGCUCCGCAGGAAAACAAUCAAACAGUACAGCAAAUGCGGCAAGGUCUUCGAUCCCGAUCAGUACAAGAUCUACGCUAGAUUCUCCAGGAUGGCUGCUCCAAUUGCCGCGGAGCCACCAAUUCCCGAUCCAGAACCACCAAAGGAAAAGCCACCCGCCAGUGUCCGCAGUGUGAGUGGGGUACUGCGGUCCAUUGCCAAGGCCAUCGAUGAUCCACUGAGUGGUGACACCAUCGAGAUGCAGUACAAGGCUCCACCGGCUCCAAAGAGCAAAGAGGACACAGUGGGGGCUAUGUGCCCAUCCAUGGAUGUCCGUCUGGAGGGCAUAACUUUGGAUCACGUGAGAUCAAUUGUACUGAAAAAUUAAUUAACAAUUUCGUUGAGUUUUAUUAUCGAAAGCAGUGGCCAAUGAAAUCAUACAACAAAUGUGCUGAUUUUCUAUUCCAAUUUGUUUAUAACCAGAUUUUUGCACAAGUUUCGUCUUAAUAAAAACCUUUACAAAUUAUUGUUUAAAUACGAAAUUGUAUUUUAAAAUUGUGAAACCUUUUCAAUUAUAAAAUAAAGGAAUAUAGUAUAUAUAAGUUUAGUCUUUUAAAACUUUGAAAUUCUAUUUCUUAUGUGCUGAUUUUCCUUUUCUAAUUAUUAUUUUUAACCAAAUUUUAGCACAAUAAAUUUCUUAAAAAAAGCAUUAACAAUUUAUUGUUUAAAUAAGAAAUUGUAUGUCAAAGUUGUAAAACCUUUUCAAUGAUAAAAUAAAGGAAUAUAGUAUAUACAAGUUUAAUGGCAAA